CUAAAAAAUCCUCAUUUCUUCUGUAGUACAUAUUAUGGGUCAAAUAUAUAUCCCCACACUUUUCUUCCAUUAGCAUUAGCAAUCUGAUUCUUCAUCUUCCCCAAAAUCUGAUCACAGUUAGAGCCAAAGUUGGCAGAACUUAGUUUACACACACCAUAUAACAUUAUUUUCCCCUAAUUCCUUCUUCUUCUUCCAUUUUCUAAAACCCUGAAACAAAGAAACAUUCUUCAAUACCAUUUUUCAUGGCCUCAUCACAAUUAUUCUCCCACAGACCAUUCCCAUUAUUUCUUCUCCCACUUUUCUUUCUCCUCCUCCUUCUCCUUUGCUUCUUCCCACCAAAUCAAAACCAUUUCCCUUUCUUCAUUUCCCAAAAUAUCCCCUUUUUUCACCUCCCCAAACACCCGCCGCCGCAACUCGCUCCUGCCGCCGCCCCCUCCUCUGUGGAGCCGCCGCCGCGUCAGUCCUCCGGCCACAAGAAGUGGAGUGGCCGGGUGGAGAAGAUAGAGGAAGAUUUGGCUCGAGCCCGAGCGGCGAUUCGAGAAGCCAUUGUAAAGCGAAACUACACGUCGGAAAGGGCUGAGAGUUUCAUACCCAGAGGACGAGUUUACAGAAACGCUUACGCUUUUCAUCAGAGUCAUAUUGAAAUGGUGAAGAGGUUCAAGGUAUGGGCUUACAAAGAAGGAGAGCAGCCAUUGGUCCACGAUGGGCCCAUGAAGCACAUCUACUCAAUCGAGGGCCAUUUCAUAGACGAGAUGGACGGUGGAAAAAGCCCAUUCUCGGCCCGCCAUCCCGAUGAGGCCCACGUCUUCUUCUUACCCAUAAGCAUCGUCUUCAUCGUCGAUUACAUCUAUAAGCCCAUCACCACGUACGCUCGCGAUCGUCUCGUUCGCAUUUUCACCGAUUAUGUGAACGUCGUAGCUGAUAAAUACCCUUACUGGAACCGGAGCCGAGGCGCCGAUCAUUUCAUGGCCUCCUGCCAUGAUUGGGCGCCGGAAACCACCAAAGAGGAUCCUAAUCUCUUCAAGUAUUUCAUCAGAGUUCUCUGUAAUGCGAACACAUCCGAAGGCUUCAAUCCGAUGCGAGAUGCGUCGUUGCCGGAGAUAAACUUGCCUCCAAGUUUCCAGCUCAAUCUUCCUCGAUUAGGCCAACCGAUUGAGAAACGCUCGAUUCUGGCGUUCUUCGCCGGCGGAGCGCAUGGAUUCAUCCGGCAGAUUCUGAUUGAGCAUUGGAAGGAUAAAGACGACGAGAUUCAGGUCCACGAGUACCUUCCUCGGGGCCAGAACUACGACGAGUUAAUCGGACGGAGCAGAUUCUGCCUGUGCCCUAGCGGAUACGAAGUCGCGAGCCCUAGGUUGGUGGAGGCGAUCCACGGCGGUUGCGUGCCGGUGAUAAUUUCCGACUAUUACUCGCUGCCGUUCGAUGAUGUGCUGGAUUGGAGCAAAUUCUCUCUGCGGAUUCCGUCCGGGAGAAUACCGGAGAUCAAGACGAUCCUGAAAGGCGUUUCGCCGGUGAAGUACUCGAAAUUGCAGCGGGGAGUGAUGAAAGUUCAGAGACAUUUCGAGGUUCAUCGGCCAGCGAAGCCGUUUGAUGUGUUCCAUAUGGUGCUUCACUCGGUUUGGCUUAGACGGCUCAAUAUUAAGCUUUCACAUUAGGCAUGAGAAAAAUUACCGUAAUAUUUUCAGAAAAGGAAUAGGGGAAAUUACCAUAAUGCCAAACUGCCAACGCAACAUGACAUGUAAUAGCUUUAAGAAUAUUUUGAGUCAAAUUUUAGUAGGUCCUCUCCCCUUCAUUUA